UAAUUGUUUUUAAACAUUCGCUAACUUAGCAUUUACUAACCAUUUACUAAAUAGAAAAUGUCGCUUAAAUGGUAUUUGUUGAAUACAACUGGGUCAAUGACCAGGGUCAACACCUAUAUUCCCAAGUUAACGGAAAGGCCAGAACGCAGGGGAAUACCUAAUAUGGCACCCCGAGUUCAAAAAAAGACGAAUGCUUUAUUUAAGAUUGAGGACUUGGAUAGUAUUUCAUACAUUUCCGAUUCUUCUCGAAGGAGCAAGAGAUUGAGCAAACGAGCCAUUCAGUUCAAAGAGAUCAAGAAUUCCCAAUCUCCCGAAACCACCUGCCCUUUGCCACCUAGUACCAUACCCGAAAAGGAACCAAUCGUUCAGGACUCUCCACGUAUGCGGGAGUUCUUUAUCGAAGUGCGACAGCGUGAGCUGAAGGAUUACUACCGACAGAUGAAGGCAGCUGAAAGACAUCCAAACGUGACUCUGUUAUGUCCAGAUUGUGGUCUGGCAAAGCUUAAUGGAAAGGAUCUCACCCAGAACAUUUAUUGCACGGGAGAUAAGACCUUGAGGCGGAAUAUAGAUAGAAAUUGUGAUCAGUAUAGAGAUCUCUCUUGGUUGUGGAACUCCUCCGCGGCACAAACACACUUAGCAUUAAGUGUUACAUGCGGUGGAGGUGUUCCCAUCCACUUGUGAUCUUUAUUCAC